GUCCUGGGAUUUUAUCUGUCGAUGUGAUUGAACUGUGAUUGCAGCACACUUUGUCACCUGCAGCCCAUUAUAAUUAUCUUUAAAGGGAUGGUUUUGCAUACAAAAUGGACAUGGAGAGGAAUUAGAUCAAACACACCAGCCUUUCAUCCUUUUGUCUACAGCUGAAGCUUGGUCCACCACCAAAAAACGUUUUUUUUACAGACUGAACAAUCAGAACAACGAUGUUUUCUACAAGGAGCCAAAUAAACCAACAACAAUCUGAAUGGUGGAGCUGCUGACCGCAGAAUUACUGUAUUCAUGACAAUUUCUUAGUCUUAGUGUGCUGUUGCAUUUCAGUAUUAAUCGAAACUACCCUCAGAAGAAAUAAGAACCUUCCUUUUCACUUGUGGUUUUGUGAAUACUAAAGAACAAAAUUGAUUAUCCUGUCCUCAGAGGCUGUGUCUGGCUUUUAUCUGUUAUAUAAAACACAGAACACCAGAGUUGAGCAACUUUAGUUGAAUACAUUGUAGCUCUGAAUACAAACAUGUUUCUGGACUGACCUUUCCCGAAUUAAAUCUUAUUCCUUGCAUGCAUCUAACAGCAGGAAGCUGACAUAUACACAGUUCCCCUUCACGUCACUGUGGAGUUAUGAUCUCCAAGAUAAAGGGCAGAUCCUUUUCUCUGAAAGAAAAAUAAUCUGCGGGCUGGAGAUUGCGAUGCAGACGAAAAGCAUGUUUUGGUGACCAAAAUAGCAGAGGAGGAAGAGCGACGUCUGAGAGAGAAAAAAAAGGAGUAUUAGAGAGAUGCAAAUAGAGAAAGUGAACUGUUUCUCAGCCCUCUCUGCCAGAUUUUCAACAGAGCGCAACAAACUUGUGCAAUUUUCGUGGCAGUUGUCCAUGGGAACUUAUUCAAGGCAUAUCGGAGCUGACCCUCCUAGGAGGUUCUGUUAGAUAAAGAAUAAUACUUUAUGAAGACCAAAGUAAGAGAGCACUUUCACCCAAAUUUCAGCAGACUACAAGACAACUUUUGGAUUAUAGCUGGAAAAGGACCGGAAGCAGCCACUUGGAAAACUGAGCUACUCCUUUCCUUGUCCUUCUUUCUCUGUGUUUCCUCAUGUAAUGUAUUCACUGCCUGCCAGUAAGUACUAAAGUUCCAUCUUCCAACUGGACCACGGUUUCAUCUUAUCAGGAGAGAGGAUUGAGCUAACUGGAACGAAACUCUCACAUAUUGCCCUGCCAAAGGCUUUUGUUUUUGCUGCAGCUGAUCAUUUUACCGCGGGUAACAUGGAGAUGGACAAGGGACAUACGUCUAUCCGGAGAGGAGUGAGCUGGAGUCCAGGAGGAUUGAGGAAACCUCUCCAGGCAACCCAAAACACUCCUGGGACUGAGUGCAAUGCAUCAUGGGAUACUACAGGAUUCAACAAAGAACAGAUGAGCCGGAAAACAAAUCUGACAAGGAGUGCCAGUUUGUCAGAGAAGGAGCUAAAGGAAGCCCGUGUCAGGAGUCAGAUCAUCGCUGCUCAGCUCACCGUCCCUUCAAACUCCAGCUCCAGAGGUGUGCAGCUCUUCAACCGGCGCAAGCAAAGGGUCAGCGCUUUUACACUCGAAAGCUGUGGAGAGGGGUCAGCGGGUGACGGGCCUGAGAAUGUGAAGACAGACACCUCUACUAACAAAAUAACAUGGGCAGAGAAGAGCACUGAAGAAAAGGACAGAGACCUGAACUUUAAGAACAGCAAGCCACUCUUGUCACCACCUGGUAGGGUACAUUCGGUAGGUGAUAUCAUGGAGGAACCAGGUAAAGAUUUCUACAAGGAAGACAACAUGGAAGACAGUGUUAUCCAAGAGAGACAUUUCCUCCCUGUCAAGGAAGAGCAGGAGGAAGAGGAAGAGGCAACAGAUAAACUCGCAGAGGAGCUUGAGGACAAAGUCAAGGAUGAGAUUCCCCCUGGAAGUAAUAAUACUGAUCCAGUUGUGAUGAGACAGGCUGAGUGCGAGGCAGAGAUAAAUGAGGGCCAUACAGGGCCAGCUCCCCCUGGAAAGCUUCAUAAUGGCUGCCGCAGUGCCUCUGGACCUGAGAGGGUUUCUGUUCCAACAACCAAGCAGACUAACACCACCACCAAUCGAACUGCCAGGCCUUUUUUCUCUCCACUGACAGUGCAGUCACCAAAGUCCUCCAGCCCCGUCAUGGACAUUCCCCCUCCUCCUUCUUACGACACUCCUCCCCUCCCUGUUUACACUGCUCCUCAACCUUCGGCGUUCUCACCUCUGCCUCCGCCCCCAUCAUAUCCCACACCUCCUCUGCCGGCCUUUACAAAUCAGCCUCCACCAAACUACUACUCCAGUCCCGCUCUGAUGUCUCCUGUCUUGUCUCCUCCACCCCCCCAGUUCCCGGUGUCUUCUGUCGCUCAGUUCCCACCCAUGCCCCAUUAUGGCCCUCCAAAAGUCCCAAAACCCUCCACAUUUGUUCCUCAGCCUGCUCGAGAGAAAGCUAAAACACCGAUCAAAACGGGAAUACUUGAGGAGGGUGCCGCUAGAAGAGGGAAUAGGAAGUCAAUGUUCACCUUCAAAGAGAAGAUAGUGGUAGCUCCGAACCCUGAGCUUCUCUCUCUGGUGCAGGGGGUGGAUGAAAGGAAGAAACAUGGACAUAAAUCUAUGCCUGAGCCAGCAUCUGAGGAAGAGUUGCUGGCACUGGGUGCUGAGGCCUCCAACUUCCUCGCCAAGGAUGAAGACAGGGCAGAAGAGGAAAUAGCUCCAGAGUGGGCUUCCUGCCUCAAGGCCUCCAGUACCCGUCCAAGGGCAGAGCAUGUGCCAGAUCAUAGCCUCACCAAUGUAUCAGGAAAGGGGGCUGAGCUGUUUGCAAAGCGACAGUCCAGGAUGGAGAAAUAUGUGAUUGAGAAGCAAAAUUUGGGACAAAUGAGGUCUCCUUCUCCGACUAUGUCUCUGCCACCAUCUUGGGUGUACCCAGCAAACAUGCCUGGCAGGGUGAGAGCCAUUGCUAAAAAUUCUGACAUGGGGGCUGAGCUUUCAGAAAAACUAAAGGCCCAACAAGCAGUCCAGCAGAAACCGAGACAGAAAGCUCCAGAACCAGAGCCAAUCCCAGAGCCUCCAUUAGAAAAUGGUUGCUCCAAGAUAGAGAUGGACUUGUCAAGGCACCGGCCCUACCAGCUUUCCUCUUCACUGUUCAUCUUUAACCCAGUCAAGGACCCCCUUAGUACCUUACCCAAAGCAGCACCUCAGUCCAAGAACCUGAUUUCAAACCAGCCUUUCUCUAGACAGACUUCCUUACCUCAUAACCCUCCUUCUCACUUCCAUACGCAGAGUAUGUCGCCACAGCUGCCCCUCAGCCCUACCAGAAGAGAAGCUGAAUAUCCACCAAAUCCAUCCUAUGGGCAGCCAAGGAUCAGCUCCCCUAUGUCGGCCUUCUCUCCAGAGCGGGUCUCCUCUCCUCGGUCAGGCGUCCAGGCACCAAGGCCCAUGUUUUCUGCAAAGAAGGCAGGGAUUGCACCACAGACACCAAAGGAUUCCUCACCAGUUGAAACCCGCAUUCAGACUCCAACACCUUCCAGGACGCCCAGCCUCACCAGACGUUUCAGCAGCCCAGAGGGCCCUACACCUGGGACCUGGGCUCCCAGCCUUCAAACUAACCGGCCCUCCACUGCUGUCUCUAGCGGCUCAGUAACUUCCCCUGUAUCCUCUACCAGAGGUACCAGAUGCCAAUCCCCUGUGGCCAGUCAGAAUAUCCAAUGUUCAACAGUAACCUCCAGUAUAACACCCAGAACCUCUCAAACAUUUACAGCCACCUCUUCACGCUCUUCUCCUUGGGGUUCAAGAAGUCAGUCCCCAAUGGUUAGCCAGAAUACACAGUCUUCCAGCAUCACCUCUAUUCCUAGUUAUAGACCAUCCCAAACACCCACAACUACUUCCCCUCUUUAUCCUCCUUGGGGUUCAAGAUGCCAGUCCCCAAUGAUAAACCAGUGUCCACAGUCUUCCACUGUAUCCUCUACGUUCAAACCAACCCAAACAUCUACAGCUGCAUCACCACACUCUCCUCCUUGGGGGUCAAGGUGCCAGUCCCCUAUGAUGAGCCAAAAUACAAUUUCCCAUGUUCCUACUUCCAGACCCUCCCAAGCAUCUACAGCUACAUCCCCACGCUCCCCUCCUUGGGGUUCAGGGUGCCAGUCCCCCAUGGUGAGCCAAAAAAGUCAUUCUUCUGCAAUUUCAUUUGUUCCUACAGCUAGACCAACCCAAACAUUGACAGCCACCUCUCCUGUUUCUCCUCCGUGGAGCUCACGUUCCCAGUCUCCUGCACUCUCUCAGACUAGUUUAUCCUUCUCUGCCACUAAACCUCUGCACACAAUUUCUGCAACCUCUCCUAUUUCCCCACCCAAAGACAGUCGCUGCAUGUCCCCCAUUGUUGAUAACCCAGACUCUAAAGCCAACCAUCGCCUCCUGGCCAAGAACAUCAUCAAUGCGGCGAAACGUAAAAACAGCCCAUCCCCUAGAGCAUUGAGUGGCCACAGCCUCCCCAUCUCACCACUGGGAAAUUCUCACCAUGGCUACGACUGUAAUAAACCACCCAUCAGUCCUUUCCAGUCACGGGCAUUUGGGGCCCAGUCCCCUACCUUCACCAGCCCUCCUCCAACCCCAUCACAGAGGAUCUGUUCACCUGUGAGGCUCUACAACACUCGCUCCCUCACCGACUCUGAUGCUUCUGUUGAAUCUGAAGACUCAGGCCUGCGAUCGCACUCCUACAACACCUGUCCCCGUGGCUGGGGCGGCAGCCUGAGGGUGAAGAGAGGCACCGUCUCCACAGACCUGUGAGGGUAUUUUUGGAAGGGAAUUAAAGCAUGAUUUAAGUUUUCAUAGAUUUUUGGGGCAUUGUGUUAAAUUGUUUCUUAUGGCGCAUCAUUAUACUUUUCCUUUGAAGAUAACUUUCUAUAACUUUGCAUACUGAUCCUUGACAAUGGUAAAUAUUUUAUUAAGGUAGAAUUAGUACUUUAUAUGACUCACAUUCAAAGUACGUACUGACAAGGACAAGCUUUUUACAUAACCCAGUUGCUGUGGCGUGUACGCUUCUUACAUACCAAAAAGACUUAAAAUAGAGUAACCAAAGAUAUUUGAAUUCACUUCAAACAAUAUUAUUCCUUUUUACACAAAACAUACAUGCACACUGUUCCAGUUAAAUUGUGUAUAAUUAAAUCGUUUUUAAUGUUAUAAAUAAGAUAUCAUUAUGUUUGCUGGUGUGACGCAAGUCAAAAUCGAAUGAGACUUAAAGAAUUGUAAGAUAUAGAAAGGACACAUGGAAUGAAUAAUGUAUAAAUAUUUAGCUGACAAAAGCACAGUAGUGAGUGGUACACAUGCUAAUCACAUUAUCAUACAGGGUCACAGUAUUCACCACAGUUUAUUAUCCAUUUUAAUCAAUGGGAAAUAACUCAUAAGCAUAAUUAUCGCAGUGCAAUAAUCAAUUUAACACAGCGAAUGUUAUGUAUGUUAUAUGUUGAUUUAUGUACUGCAUUUGCUCAAAUGAAUGUAAGUUUUACUGACAGAUUGAGGGGGAAUGACGAGGAGAUGAAGAGACGAAGAGUUAUGUGGAGGUUGGGGCAUUGACGCACAUGUUCAAUCAAGCACUGUUUCCCUGAUUCAGGACAAAAAAAUAUUCCAAAGAUUCCCUAUUCCCUAAUGUUAAAACAUUGAUGAUGAUCAAUUCAAUAAACAAAUAUUAGCGGUCAAAUUGCAAAUGUAAUGGCAUAUUGAUUGUAAUAGCCGCAUUGGAGAUUGAUGUUUUGUUUAUGUCAUGGGGAACCUUUAAACAUGUUCUGUGCCUGUACUUAUUGUACAAAGUGCCUGUUUGGAUGAACAAAUGCGUAUGUUAGAAAAGGUAUAACAAAUUGUUGUUAAAAGGUGAGAAGAAUGUUGUAUGUUGUGAAAUAAUAAUCUAAGUGUUUGUUAGGAAAUGAUAAGAUGAAUGGAUUGUAUUUUAAAUACAUACAUGUCUCUAAUGUACAUUCUCUUUUACUUCUAAAGUUUCUUUUUAUCAUUGAUUUGCACUUCUGUUCAUUCCAUUUCAAUGGCUCAAUUGGCAUUAUGAAAACGUGAUUUUCUCAAUCAAACAGGUGUCAUUCACAACAGAAAUAGCAAAUACAUUUUAUUUUGUAAAAGCACAAACAUAUGCUGACAAGAUGGUGACAAUUAGUUGUAAACCUGACUGCUGCCUUCAAACGACAUCUGGCUUUUUGUUUACACCAUUCGCACAUUGCCCUAUCCCGUACCAUCACACACACAACAGAUCAGUCUUCACUCUCUGACAUGUAGGCCAAAAGCAUCAGCACAUUUAUAAAUAUUUACUUCUGUGUGUCUUUUUGAGUGGCAGGGACACCUGCUACACAUUGACCUGGCUCUUUCAGCAGGAUUAAGCCUAUUACUGUCAUGGAUAGCUUUCAACUUGGGUCACCUCUGUACCAACCAAACACCGCCAGCAUCCUCAGACACAGAACAUAAUCAUUACGUUAUUACAUUAUGUUUUUCAUUUAAAUGCAGCUCAUUUUUCUUUCAUUUCAUAACAGUAUGAUGUCUGAAAAUAAAUGCAAAUAAAAAGUAAUGACACACUAA